AUGACACACAACCUUGGCAUGGCGUCGUAUCGGUUGCCUGGACCCGGACUGUGUCCGCCAGAUUUCAAGUCGCCCUCCGAGUCGCCUCAGUUACCGAUCGCCGCACCGAGCAAUCCGAAGAAGCGGAGAAAAACGUCAAACGCCGCGAACGCGAAUGCCGUCACGACGCAGCCCACGCCGACGCCCUCGCCGCAAGAUCUCCUGCCACCGCCGCCCACCGGCUACGGCGAUACGAUCGUAGCCUCGAAUCCGUUCGACGACACCCCGCCACCGUCGGCUGCCGGGCCGCACCUGGGACACAUGGGACACCCGCACGGUGGCCACGGUGGUCCCGGGGGCCCCGGCCCAAUGAUGGGCCAUAUGGGUGGCGGUGGAAUGGUUGGACAUGGCGGCGGACCGAUGGGCCCCAUGAAUCACAUGGGCCCGAUGCACGCCCACCAUAUGGGUGGCCCACCGAUGGGUGGUGGACAUCCGCACGGAGGACCCCCGCACGGUCACGCACCACACGGUGGUCCAAUGGGUGGCGGAGGUGGCGGUGGUGGUCACGGAGGAGGCGGCAUGCCACCGCACGGUAUGCCGCCGCACGGGAUGGGCCACGGUCCGGGCCAUGGUCCCGGCCAUGGCGGAUCUCCACAUCCCGGAAUGGGGCCCGGAGGUCCACACGGAGGGCCCCCGGGUGGUGGAAUGGUAGGUCCCGGCGGACCGCAAGGGCCACCGAUGCGUGGCAUGAGUCCGAUGGGGCUAGGCAACCACCCCGGAAUGGGGCACCCCGGGAUGCACAUGAACGCGGGUGGCGGUAUGGGCCAAAUGGUCGGCGCAGGAAUGGGACCGCACGCGAUGGCACGGGGAGGAGGCGGCAUGAGCCCGAUGGGCACGAUGCCCGGCGCCCAGAUGGGAGGCCUGAGUCCGAUGGGAGCGGCGGCCGUUGCCAUGAACCAGAGCAUGUCGCCGAUGGGGCCGAUGGGUGGCCUUUCGCCCAUGAGCCAGCAGCAGCAGCAGCAGAUGGGCGCCAAAUCCGUCGGCAGUCCGAUGAGUGGAGGAAACAUCGGGAGCCCGAUGAACUCGGUGCCGGGCAUGGGCUCGCCGCACGGCCCGGGCGGUGGCCAGGGAGGCGGUAUGCUCGGGAGCCCGAUGAACACGAGUGGUGGCCACAUGAGCAACGGACCGAUGGGACCCCCGAUGAACAGUCCGCUCGGGAACGGGCCACCGAACCAUGUGCCACUCGGACCCAACUCCGCCGGCCACCAACAGAGUCAACAGCAGCAGCAGCCCCCCGGGGGCGGCGUGUCGGCGGCCAACGUGACCGUCGGUGGCCAGACGUCACCGAACGUGGUGGUGAGCGGGGCGGGCGGUGUCGGUGGCGUAGGCAUGAACAGUAGCAGUAGCAGAAUGAACCUACCGAAUGGUGCAAUGACAAAUCAGCAAUCAGGGAAUCUAAAUCAAUUACCUCAUCAACUCGGACCGAUGGGCGGUGCGAAUCAGCAGCAAGGCGGUGGAGGAGGACCGGGCGGACCGCAGCAGAAUAGCAGUAACCAGGGGCAGGGACCGAACAUCAACAAUCAAGGGCCGCAACAGCAGCAAAGUGGUGGCCAGUCGUCGUCGCAACCGUUGCAACCUCAUCCACCGUCGCAUGGCGGAGUCGGCGGCGGCGGCGGCGGUGGUGGUGCCGCGGGUCAACACCAACUACCCCUCCCGCAACAGUCACCGCAUGCCCAGCAUCACAGUCAGGGUGGGCCCGGAGGGGGUGGUGCGCCAGGACAGCAGCAGCAGAUGAAUGCUAUGGUCGGUGGGCCGAUGGGUGGCGCCGGUGGUGGCAUGGGCAUGGGUGGCGUGAACUCGAUGGGCGGCGGCGGCGGCGGCGGAAUGAACCAUCACCACUCUCCGCAUCAUCAUCAUCACCACCACCAUCAUCACCAUCCCGGUGGACACCAUCAUCCGGGGAACCACCAGCAGAACCCGAUGGGGAUGGGAGGCGGCGGUGGACCACCGAACAAUAUGCACCACCACAUGGGCGGAGUAGGUGGCGGCGGCGGCAUGCCACCGCACGGAGGCAUGGGCCCGGGGCCGGGCCAUCGACCACCGUCGAUGCACCCCGGCGGAGGAGGCGGAGGAAUGCUGGGACCAGGUGGAAUGAUGGGCGGCCCUCCGAUGGGCGGUGGUCCGAUGGGCGGAGGCGGUGGACAUAUGGGCGGCGGCAUGGGUGGAAUGGGCGGAAGUCCGAUGGGGUCACCCCACAUGAUGGGUCCGGGACCGAUGGGCGGAGGCGGUGGUGGCGGGAUGCCACCGAUGGGCGGUCCGAUGGGAGGCGGGCCGGGCCUGGGACCACCGGGGAAUGGGCCGAACGGCCCCAACCAUCACCACCACAUGGGCAUGUUCGGACCGAAACCGAUGCCCGUGACAUCCGGCAAGCUUUAUCCGCCCGACCAGUCGAAAGUGUUUAACCCGCAAAACCCAAACGCCCCGCCCAUCUACCCCUGCGGAGGAUGCCACAAAGAAGUGCAUGACAACGAUCAAGGCAUCCUGUGUGAAUCGGGUUGCAACUUUUGGUUUCAUCGGACGUGCAGUGGACUGACGGAGGCCGCCUUCAACCUGAUACACGCCGAGGUGUACGCCGAGUGGUGCUGCGACAAGUGUUUAAACUCCAAAAACAUACCGCUGGUCAAGUUCAAACCAUAG